AUGAAGAAAAAAGAAAAUUUUUCAAAAAAAUUUUCGCAAGAAAAAUAUUUUUAUUUUGUAAUGAGAUUUAUACUUAAAAAGGGUUUUUUAAAAACAAACGACCCAUAUAAAUUACUCUUAAAAACUCUUGCAUUUCAUACGUACACGUACAUUCAAUUUAUUAGCUUAAGUAGAAUUUUUGAUGAUGAUAUGUCGUAUCCUGCUGCAAUAUAUAAUUUUGUAAAUCGCGCCUUAGAUAUUAAAUUUAAUAAGAAAUGUAAUUGGAAAAUUGAUCAAUUAUUAGUUCCUAAGAACAACGAUAUCAAGAAAUUGCUUACUUAUUCUUUAGUUAAAGACAGAAUUACUAAAAAAGAUUUUGAAAUGUUUUAUAGGCAAAGGUGUUACGUGUUGAUCAUAAAUGAUUCUAAUCAAUUAUUUACAUCAAUAUUUAAAAACAGUUCUUAUAUCUAUCCUUCUAUAUUGUAUAACGCAACAGUCUUUCCUGAAAAUCCUUCUCUAAAUAGUUUUGGAGAUAUGCGACACUGA